AUGACCACACAAAUUCAACCGGAUGCGUUAGAUUUCGAUAAUCAAGUUUUCGAUAUAGCAUUUCACCCAUCCGAAAAUAUCAUUGCGACAGGGUUAAUAACUGGAGAAGUAUUCUGUCAUCGAUACGAUAACAAUGAGAAUAUAAACAUAUUAUCAAUUCGUCCACAUAACAAAUCUUGUCGUGGUUUAGAAUUUAGUCAUGAUGGUGCUGCUUUGUUUAGUGUAUCAAAAGAUAGAUCGAUACAAGUAAUAAAUCUUGAAACUGGGGAAACUCUCGUAAAGAAAGUUGAUUCACACGAUUAUCCCAUCUAUUGUAUAUUACGAUUAAACGAAACUACAUUAGCUACAGGCGAUGACAACGGGAUUAUCAAAUUAUGGGAUAUAAGAAAUGGAAAUGAAAUUAUGGAAUAUUCCGAACACCAAGAUUUCAUUUCUGAUUUUGCAUUUCGUUCAGAUACAAGAACUCUCUUAUCUACCAGUGGUGACGGAACAUUAUCAAUUUACGAUAUACGUAGACCAAAUUUAAUUGCAAUGUCUGAUAACCAAGACGAUGAAUUAUUGUCUGUAACCAUAGUUAAGGAUGAAAGAAAAGCUGUAGUAGGGACACAAGAAGGAAUUAUAAAUUUAUUUACAUGGAAUAAUUGGGGAGAUACAUCUGAUAGAAUAGUAGGUCAUCCACAAUCAAUUGAUACGUUGGUUAAAAUUAACGAGGAUUUGGUUUGUACAGGUUCUUCUGAUGGUAUAAUUAGACUUAUUGGUAUAUUACCAAAUAAGUUUUUAGGCGUAAUAGGAGAUCAUGAAGAUUUUCCUAUCGAAUGUUUAAAAUUAUCACAUGAUAAUAAUUUAUUAGCAAGUUGUUCUCAUGAUAACACUGUAAAAUUUUGGGAUAUAAGAUAUAUUUAUGAUGAGGAUGAGGAUGAAGGUGAAGGUGAAGAGGAUGAAAAGAAAAGCGAUAAAGAUGAUGAAAAUAUGGAUUUGGAUAUGGAUGAAAAAUCAAGAGGAAAUAAAAACAAGAGUAAAGAACAAACAUUAGAUAGUGAAAUAAAUUCAUUUUUUGCCGAUUUAUGA